CCCGCUGUUCAGUCCGACCCUCAGCCUCGCCUCUCCGUUCACAGCACUACAUAACUCCAAGUGAAUAAGACCAAACAGAGAAACAAAAAAGAACUGCAGGAGAUACUCAUCACUUAUCACUUGACUCAGAGACACUCGUUCUUCACUUCAAUCGAUCCACUUCAUCAUGGCCAUCAGUCACAUCUCACCCCGAUUCACAGCCACCCACGACCAACCUUCAUCCCCAAUGCGAACCCCACGACCGCUGAUCUCCAAGACCGUCCAGCUAUCAUCGCCGGUCCAGAAGCAUCAGGAGAUCAAGAGUCGGAAGAAAGAAUUCCCGAGCGUGGCCAAGUUGCUGGAUGGGAUCAGCUUCCAGGAUGAAACACAUCCCGACUUCUUCCUGAGGGCCUCCCGAUUCAAGCCCAAGAAGCCCAUCCUGCAUCCUUCCGAGCUUGUCCUCCCUCGUCCUUCUUCCUCCUCCUCACGAUACCUACCCGAGAAUCUCAUCGCCAGUCACCCUCUAUCAUCCUCCGACGCCCUCAAACCUGCGACUGUGCCUGCAUGCUCAUCAUCAUCCACACCUCUCCUAUCCCAAAGAACUUCCGACUCGACUACUACCACUAGUAGUAGCAGCUCAUUCUCACCCAGAAGUCCUGCCGACUCUUGUCCAUCUAGUCCGGUCCAUCAUACGACCAUCAACUCGCUCAAACGUGUCUACACUUCAUCUUCGGAAGAAGACGAUGAAAGCGAUGAGGAUGGGGAUGACGAGGAUUCGGAAGAGAAGAACAGCACGAGAAGUAGUGAGAGCAGCGAUGAACGGGCUCUGAAACGCUCGUCGGCGUUCGGCCUAGGGAUCGUCUGGCAGACCGGCCUUGGGGAGCGCGGAUCCUCGCCGGAAGCCGAGCGCCCAAUCGCCCGUCCUUCGAGGACUUGGCUCACUAAAACAUCUCUCGAGCGGUCCUCUCCUGCCAAAUCCUCCGCUGCUUCUCCUGGUGCUGCUGGGGGUGUUGAUGAUGCGGGCUUUAAUGCGUUGAACGGCAGGUCGGAGGGGCCGUUGCUCGGCUUGGUCAGCUCGAGAUCUAUCGAGAUCCGGCAGACUGAUAAGAGGAGACGAUUUCUUCAUGGAGUCCGAUUCCAUCAAGUGAUUCGGUAGCCCAACCUCCCUCCAUCCUCCAUCUCUCAUCCCACAAGAAGCAUAACAAGAAGAAGAAUGAAUCAAUCCAAGUCGUAUCGACCGGCCCCUUCUUCUGAUCGCUCCAAAAUCCUCAUCGUUCUUUCUUUGUAUCGUCUUCGUCGUUGUUUUCGUCCUUCUUUGGGGGGAGAGGGACUCGACAUCAAGACUGGAUCUCUUGCUUUCUUUUCUGUCAUCACAACUGUUUGUGUGUGUACUCUUUUUUGUCCCUCUUUGUUUAUGCAUAUAUAUAUAUAUCUAUAUAUAUCAUGUUCUUUUUUUUGGCAUUAUUA